UAGUCGUGUCUGCACGCGUCGGUGCACGUGGUCGCGUUCAUGGAUUGCAUAGUCGUUAAGUAAAUCAUGCAUCGCGAUGUAGAUCUGGUAAUCGAUCCUAUUGGAAGGAAAGUUGAUCGCACAAACUCUUAAGUUAUUGCUCUUGAAUUCUGAGUAAUUUGCUCGUUCUUAUUGUUAGUGAGAUGUGAGCGAUUAAAUGUGAUAAACGUUAAUCUUUCAGUUUCCGCUGAGAUUGAGAAAAAACAUGUUUCUGUAAUUUUUAAUCGUUACUUCUUUAUCUUCAAUCUUAGGUUGUGUUGAAAUUGUGGUCAGUACAAUAUUGAGAUCUCAAAAUCUCGCAACUCGUGCGUUCGCGUAAAUGAGUCACGGUGCGUCUCGCUCCGCGCGUACUUGGCGUGAGACACUGCCGUGUCUCUUGAUAUGUGCAAUAUGUGAAAUUGAAAUCAUAGAUGAAUCUUUUCCUAUGUACAAAAUAUAUUUCUAAAGCAAUUAUUGGAUAAUAGUGGAGCAAGAUUUGGAAAAAUGACUUUGCAGUGACAAUUUUGAAGCAUGAUUUUGAAGAGGAAGCAAGAUCUCGAACUUUGGAGAAGCUUCUUUUGAAGAAGAUCAUGAAGAUCAAUACUGAAGUACUCUGAAGCUUAUCUUCUUCAACACUUUUUCAAACUUUGUGACACGUAUUCUUCUUGGACCAAGAUUUUGGAGUCGAAUUUUAGAGCAAGCUUUCUCAUGUCUCCUGAGGAAAGACCAUGAAAAACAAUAUGGCGAAUCCUAAACAAUCUGUAGAUCCAAAAACCAACCAAUCGCGCAGGAAAAUCUGCCAGGAACAUAGCGAAGAGAAUUGCCCAAGCGAGAAUGAACGCGAGUUCGAGUCGUUGGAGUACGAAGAGGAUGCGUAUUACUUGAAGUUGACAACGACGCCGAGUUUUGACGAUAUCGACGAACUGGGCGACGAAGAGGUAGACGAAUUGGUAGUUCACUGCUGGCGCGACUCGAACGGAGAGAUCGACGAGAUCGUCGUGGACGACGGCAACCUGUCCGUCGAGACGGAGUUGCUUCAGGGAGAGUCACGUGACGGCUGCAAGAAGAAAAAGCGAUCGAUCCGCGUGAUCUUCCAGGACUUCUCCAAACCUUACUUCGCUAAGAUCAGCAACAGUCAGAAUUAUAAGAAGUUUCUCGAGCUGAUAAAAGGAGAAGAUGCCUCGCUUCACUCGGCCGGCUCUCUGUCGCCAUCGUCGGAUAACAUGGCGAACGAACUUCAAGGACUCUCCUUGGAGGAGCAAGAACAACAAAGGGCCGAAUGGAGCGCUCAAUUAGCAAAGGUUGAAGAAGAGAUACAGACUCUGAGACACGUUCUCGCUAACAAGAUCAAGGUUUCCCAGGAUCUGAAAAGGAAGCUUGGCAUUAGCGUCUGGAAGGAGCUCACCGACGAUGUCAAUCAGGGGCUCAAGAACGUUAAAGAGAGUAAUGUUUAUCAGAACGUUGGCGAGACAUUUGGUCGUUUAACCAGGACUAUCUCCGCGAACAGUUUAUACCAAAAGACAGAAUCUGUACUUAAAUCCACGGCUGAAAAGACGACUAGUAUUUUGGGUGGCUUUGGUAGUGGCAUUACCAUGAAACUGGGCCAGAUGCGUAAUUCCGAUAGCUUCCGGUCGUUGGAGGAAAGAGUUGGAUCCGCCUGCGAGAACAUUAAGACAAAAGUUGUGCCUUCAAGGUCCGGCUCGACGCAGAGCUUCGACGAGGCUCUUCGAGAGUCCGAGGCAAUGAGGCGCUCAUCCGCGGCUCCAUCGGUCACCAGCCCGACCAUUCCCGAGGACAAGAUGCUCUCUUAGAGCCCGAAAUCGCGGAAUACAAAGUGUUGAUACCGCGUUAUAUUAUUACUGCGUUCGUCUAUUGCAAUCGCUUUAGCGGGCCAAAUGCCGUAUCCGUAUCCGUGCACGUCGGAAGAAUCAUUCGAUACUUCGUUCAAUCGAGACUUUGAUCGCGAGCACGAUCGUCCAAGUACUAUUCUAUUUUCUAUCCUAUAAAAAAUAUAUAUUUUUUUCUUGCACGCCAUUCCCACGCCUUCCCCCUCGCAGGAUCGCCUUUCUCCGGGCCACUCUCGGGACAUACUUGACGCGAAGUGUCUCAUGCGAUUUUUAUAUUCGAUACUAAAGAAUGGGUACUCAAGACGAUCUGUUUCCCAAACAAUGAAAUGCCUUUUGGAAUUUUUUUAUAAUUGUGAUUUGUAAAUACAAUAAAAUAUAUUUGGAGCUCACAUCGGAGCUGAUUAUUUAUAUGUGCCGCGAGAGAAACUUAAUUUUGGAUAAUAAAGUUACGAAAAAGAGGUUUGCGACACGGUUCCCCUAUAAUUUUCACUGUUGCACGAUGUACAUACAGUCGUGAAUUGUUCUUUUUUAUUUCGAUAUUUGAGCGAUUUAAUUGUAUCAAAUGAUUUAAAUUUAUACCGAUAAACACUUGCACUUAUCUCUGCAAAUAUUCAUAACUUUUGACACUCGGAAUUUCAUUGCAUAUUACUGGUGUCCUGAAUCGAUAGAGCUGCCAAAAGCAAAUAUCUUCAACGAUUUAUGACGAAUGACCCGUCCACUGACAAUAUUUUACACUGUAUACUAAACGGAACUUUUCACUUACUAUGCAAAUCUAGUUAAUGCGAGUCAUUCGGAAUAUUCAGUCCGCCAAAAUCUAAUCAGAAUCUCGAGAAACGCAUCGUAAACCUUUAUUUUUUUAUAUUUGUUUAAUUACAGAAAAUUAUAGCAAAAUGAUAGAAAGAUUAUUAUAAAAAUCAUACAAAUAAAGCUUGUUACAAAUAAUUGAGUUGUGAUAAUGUAAAUGAGAAAUGGUUUUCCACACAUCAUGAAUGAUUUUAUCGGAAAUUAUGCAGAAUGCAGAAUGAGUCACUGGAAGCAAAACAAACGUCGAAAGAACAGUUUUUUUUUAUCUUCGAUGGAGGUGUAGGUUUAGUUUUGCUUUCUAUUGACUUGGUCUGUAUAUUGGACUGACAAUGAGAGAAAGUUCCUCGCGAUUCUCGAUUUCACGAAUGAAUACUUUUUUUAAGUGCGCGGAUAAUUUAGUGAUUCGCGCGAAAUUCGAGAAAUAUUUUGUAUUCUAGUUUUACGGAUAGAUUAUCGAUGACGCAUAGUGCACGUAUGUUCUUGUAACAUUAAUACGCAAUAAUUCACACGCGAAUCUGCGAAAGUAAGCUCGUAUGUGCACGUGCGUUGCAACAGAAGUGAUUGAUCGUUAUUAACGACAAUUAACCGUGGUUCGUCGAUAAUGUCUACUGCAAAAUACCUUCUUGUUCAUAUUGAUAAAUAAAUUAUUUUAAAUGCUAAAA